UAUUCAUCACUAUUAUCACAUCUUACCGUAGUUUUUUGCACGGUGCAUAUAUAUCUUUUCGUAGUCUGAUUGCUGCAAUAAGAUGGGACUCUCUUAAUCUCUCCUCUCUCUCUCUCUCUGAUAUACAAACCCUCUUGCCUCAUGCGAAACCAUUGAGAACAGCGCCAAACCCUUUAGAUUUUGAGCUAAAAUGGUUAUGAUCAUCUUCCUUGCUCUCUCUCUUCUCCUACAAGGAGCUCUCGCCGGUGAACUAAUAUGUGACGAGUUGCCUGUGGGAAUGUGCGCGUUUUCAAUCUCAUCCUCCGGGAAGCGAUGCUCGUUGGAGACUAGCGAUGAACCAGGGGUAUUCCAGUGCAAGACUUCUGAAAUUUUGGUGCAUAAAAUCAGGGAACAUAUUGAGACGGAUGAGUGCAUAACCGCAUGUGGGGCUGAUAGGAAUGUUACUGGAAUCUCAUCAGACUUCCUUUUCGACCCAAUAUUCACAGCCAAGCUAUGCUCUAAUCGGUGCCUCAAUAACUGCCCCAACAUGGUUGAUCUCUAUUCUAAUUUGGCUUUGGCCGAAGGAAAGCUUUUGUCAAAGCGGUGCAAGGCACAGGAAACCCACGGUACACCACGCCGGGCCAUGUCUGAGUUUCAAAGUUCUGGGAUAGCUUUUGCUCCAGUUUCUGCUCCUUCAGCCAGUCCUGUCCCUGCUUUUGCUCCAGUUUCUGCUCCUUCGGCCAGUCCUGUCCCUGCCUUUGCUCCAGUUUCUGCUCCUUCGGCCAGUCCUGUCCCUGUUUUGGCUCCAGUUUCUGCGCCUGCUGCCAGUCCGGUCACUGCUGGUGCUGCUGCUGUUACUACCCCUCCAGCUCUAUCUCCAAUGGGAAUUACUGCUGCUGUUAUUUCCGCGCUGCUUCUUCUCCAUCAAUUCUGUAGUUUUUAAUACUAGUUAUAAUAAAAUUAUUGGCAAUAACUAUUGUGAUGGACUUCUACUAAGCUUAGCUAAUAAACCAUGUCACUUAUGCGGCCUUUCCUCC